AUUCGCAUGAAUGUUCAUCAUAACGUCAUCUCACGUGGAAACGAGGCUUUUAAGAACGAGAACAUUUUGUUGCAUUUUCUUGAUUUCUUUGUUAUUGAGAAGACAAAAUAGAAAAAAUURCCGCAGCAUGGAAUCCAGAGAACCAGAUUCAAAAGUAGAUAUCGUUAAAGAAGUUGCCAGCGCYUUAGAAGAAGAGGAAUUUMUCAAAGCUGAYACUCAAACCGCCACUAAAGUUACACCAACAAAACCAAYSACUUCUUUACCAAACAAACAACCUACGAUUUCUGCUAAACUACCGAUUAUUGCACCUUCAAACUUACAGCAAAAUAUGCCUGGUUCUAGUUCAAGAGUAUUAUCAAGUCCUCCUCAAGAGAAAAUGAGAACGGAAGCCGCUUCAAGUCAUAAAUCAACCGGUAAUGUUGUUGGCGAUAGUUCGUCUGGUUCGGCAACGUGGCAGGGCACUUCCUCGACAAAAACACCGACGGACGAUGGUGGUGGWGGGAUGUGGGGAUGGAUGUCAAGUGCAGUUAGUGCUGGACUUCAAACGACGCAAAAUAUUGGAAGAAAUAUAGUUGAAAAGACAAAGUCAUCUGUUGAUACAGUGAUCACCACACUUGACCCUGAGAUGGAAGACUACUUACACAAUAGAGGACAAGCUAUCAAUCUCACACUAACAACAGAAGAUAUACCAACUAUUGACGCAGUCAGGGAUGGUUUUCGACAGGUUUUUGAGCUUGCUUUCUUCAAAGGUUGUGGGUCAUCCUCUGGUAUUGCUCCCAUGCCAUCUGGCUGCUCUGCAGGACUCAAGGGAGCUCAGCACAGGGUCUCCCACUUGAGAAGAUCAAAGAAAGUUAAAGARGAUGAGAUAGUUGUUGGAGUAGAAGAGCUCAUUGCUGAACUAGUUCCUGGAAAAUGGUUCAGUAUGUUAUGUCUGUUUCUAAGUGACCCAAACCUCAAAAUAGACCUACAAACUUUUUCACAAGCUGUUGAAGUUCCCAAGGAAUACAUAACUAAAGCAGAACAGAGCACCCCGUCAAACUACAACCUGCGUUGGUCAGGGCUAUCAUAUACACUAGGUGAAGUMAUAUUAGGGRCRGGUAAUUCACAAGGAGAUUGGCAGAGUAAGGUUGGAGGUUGUUCAAGAAAGCAGAUUCUUACAAUGGCAGCAAGGACUUUAGCAGGACAAUAUAGAAAUCAAUGGAAUGAGAAAGUAGAGUCUGUCAUGGAUAAAGCUGUAGUACUGUAAUUCAGAAAACUACCUACAGAAUUAAAUACUGUAGCAACAUAAAAAUCAUAUGCAAAAAAUUGCAUCACGAGGGAAUAUUAAUUUAGUAAUAUCUAGAUUUAUAUUAUAUUCCAAACACUGAAGCCUACAUUCAUGAAUUUUKGGGAAAAUAUGGAAACUGAAUUAUGUUCUCAAAGAAGUUAAUUUCUUAUGCUCAAAAUCAUGUGAAAGGAGACAAAUUUGUUUUGGGAAAAGCAUGAUUUGUUUUCAUAUUAAAGUAAAACUGAACUACAAUUAUAAUAAUUCAGAAAUGGGAGGGUCCAUGUAUUGUUUUUAUAGUUUGUAAUUAAUCUUGAAUAUCCAUACAUACAGAGAAUGUCAAUUAAUGUUGUGUAAAUUAGAGUUAACAAAAUUAUAAAGAAAUAAAACGAAAUGCUACAAAAGCAAAAAUAACCUAUUAAAAUAAUUUAUGGUAAUUUAUUAUAAUUUAUGCAAUCAUUUAAUUAAAACGCAUUUGAACGUUUCAA